AUGAGGAGUCUGGCGCUGCUGUUAGGGGUGAAAGCCGCCUGCAUCCUGCUGGUGUCUUCGCUCUCAGGCACAGGGGCCGUCAACAACAGCGGCCGGUGGUGGGGUAUUGUCAAUGUGGCCUCCUCAUCUAACCUCCUCACCAAUUCCAAGAACGUGCAGUUGGUCCUGGACCCGAGCCUGGCCUUACUAAGUCGUCGCCAGCGCCGGCUGAUUCGGCAGAAUCCUGGCAUCUUGCACGCCAUCGCUGCUGGGCUGCACACUGCCAUAAAGGAGUGCAAGUGGCAGUUCCGCAACCGCCGCUGGAACUGCCCGACCACCCAGAGCCCAACAGUUUUUGGAAAAAUUGUCAAUCGUGGUUGCAGAGAGACUGCAUUUUUAUUUGCCAUUACCAGCGCAGGGGUGACCCACGCUGUGGCUCGCUCCUGCUCCGAAGGGGCCAUUGAGUCGUGCACAUGCGAUUACCGCCGCAGAGGUCCUGGAGGACCAGACUGGCACUGGGGCGGCUGCAGUGACAACGUAGACUUUGGCCGGAUGUUCAGCCGUGAGUUUGUGGACUCCAGCGAAAGGGGCAGAGAUCUGCGCUACCUCACGAACAUACACAAUAAUGAAGCUGGCAGAAUGACUGUGUCAUCAGAGAUGCGUCAGGAGUGUAAGUGCCAUGGCAUGUCAGGCUCCUGCACCGUGCGCACUUGUUGGAUGCGCCUGCCCAGCUUCCGCACAGUGGGAGAUUUCCUUAAGGACCGGUUUGAUGGUGCAUCCAGAGUUGUUUAUGCCAACAAAGGAAGCAACCGUGCUUCUCACCGAGCCGACCCCCGACACUUGGAGCCCGAAAACCCGGCCCACAAACCCCCCUCUGCCAUGGACCUGGUCUAUUUUGAGAAAUCACCUAACUUCUGCUCCUACAAUGGCAAAACUGGCACUUUGGGAACUUCUGGGAGAACAUGCAACAGCUCUUCUCCAGGCCUGGACGGAUGUGAGCUGCUCUGCUGUGGCCGUGGGUUUAAGACCCGGACUGAGAGUGUGACUGAACGUUGCCACUGCACCUUCCACUGGUGCUGUCAUGUCAGCUGCUUGAACUGCACCAGUUCACGGACGUUACACCAGUGUCUAUGA